AGGAAGAGGAGGAAGAGGAGGAGGGGGAGGGUGAUAAAGAGAUUGAGACAGAAAAGCCAACAAGUGAGGAGAAAGGCGAGGAAGAGGCAGCGGUGGUAGCAGAGGACUUAAAGGAGCAGGAGGAAGAGGAGUAUGAUGGGGAGGAUGAGGAUGACGACACGACGACGGCUGACCUCCUCACAGACAGCACCUCCCCAAUCAAACCCAGCAACAAAAAGACUAAUUCAGCUAAAACCAACGGUCACGUUUUGUUGGGCUCCGAGGAGCAGCGAGCGAACCCCGGCACCCCUCCGCCUCCUUCGCCCACCCCAGAGCCUCUGCUCUGCCCCCUGGUGGAGUCUGAGCUCAGCUACACCGACAGAGACGUGUCCCUCAGCUCCGGCUAUGAGAUGUACAACGGUGACCUGGCAGAGCCGGGCCUAACAAAUGGCUCCAGCGAGCAGCAUCACGGCACCGUGCCCCUCUUCCCCGACCUGCCCCUGGAUCCUGAGCCGGAAAACCCCGUUUGUGUUGGGGCGGCGGACAUCGGAACAGAGCCAUCAUCAAACAGCCCCACUGCAGACCGCAGUCGCACCGUGUCAUCCUCAAGCACAGGAGACACACCUAAAGUCAGGGCCCGAGCUGCAGACCUGCUGAUCAACCCACUGGACCCCCGCAACGCCGAAUCCAUCCGAGUCAAAAUCGCUGACCUGGGAAACGCCUGCUGGGUGCAUAAGCACUUUACAGAAGACAUCCAGACAAGACAGUAUCGUUCUAUAGAAGUCCUGAUAGGAGCUGGUUACGGUACUCCAGCUGACAUCUGGAGUACUGCCUGCAUGGCUUUUGAGCUGGCCACAGGAGAUUAUCUGUUUGAGCCUCACUCAGGAGAGGACUACUCCCGUGACGAGGACCACAUCGCUCUGAUCACGGAGCUCCUUGGAAAGGUCCCGCGCAAAGUGGUUGCUGCCGGGAAGUUCAGCCGAGAGUUUUUCUCCAAGAAAGGUGAGCUGCGGCAUAUAACCAAGCUGAAGCCAUGGUCCCUGUUCGACGUGCUGGUGGAGAAGUACAACUGGUCACACGAAGACGCGGGCCACUUCACUCAGUUCCUUCUGCCCAUGCUAGAGAUGGUCCCCGAGAAGAGGGCCUCAGCUGGAGAAUGCUUAAAUCACCCCUGGCUCACAUCAUAGCUACAGACUGAGUAGUUUCCCUCCUUCCUCUUGUUCUCCACCUUUCAGCCUGAGCGUCGCCCUCUGGUGGCAGUCAGUGAUACAGCAGCCGUAAAGAAAAGCUGGAAACCACGAGUCAGAAACAAUGAAAGAUUUCCCUCCUAACACAUCCAUUACAUCCCACCUGGCUUUACUCCUUCAUGUCUUUUACCAAGAGGAAUGUUCCAAUGAGCUGAAGGAAGAAACAAAGCAUACCAUUUGUUUCUUCCUACAGGAAGAAAGAGGGAGGGGGGAUGAAGGAUGGAUGGUGCUCCACUGGUUUUGUCUGGCGAGAAUCCUGCUUUUGUUGUCAAUAUAUCUUACAUCUGUAUUUUUCCUGAAUCCUAGUAGAACUUGUUUGGUUUCAGUUAUCAAACCAAUGCCAGCUGCUGACCUGCUCAGUAUUGUGACUGAAGAGUGGACAAGCAGCUUUGUUGCACUGCAGGACGGCCCACAACUCCAUCUUCCACAAACAACAGGGGUCUCAAAGACAGAUGAAUGUGUGUUGUUGUGUGUGAGGAUCAGCAUAUGUGCCUGUGCUCAAGAUCUGCCUCUAUACAUCCUAGCUCCAGCCCUCUCUCUCAUACAUCAGAUUUAACGUUUACACUAUGUUUUCUUCCAACAAUCCAGUCCCAAGGCAAACUCGUCUCCCCCUCAACAUGUUCUUUGGUCUUAUCGAGGAUCGCUACAAAAAAAAAACUGUGGGGGCAGGGCUACACACUGAUGGUUGUCAUUUUAUUAGACACGGACAGAAAUGUGUGGAACAAUCAGUUUUAUUUUAGAGGCCUGCUCUGCCUUUAAAGCUUUUUUUAAAUGCAUGGAAAGACUGAUGGAACGGCAUGAAGGAACUCAACAAACCAACCAUGGAAGUUUGGUUUGGUACGUGCAUUCUCUUGGUUUUGUUUUGGACAUUUCAAACGAUACAAGAUGUUGGUGCCCAUCUAUAGCAAAUUUUAGUUUCUUAAUCAGCUUUUGACAUUCCUGCACCGUGCUCUUCUGACUUCAUUCUUUUGUCCUCAUUAACCGAUGUUUUGAUUUCUUCUGUGGCACGUUUACUCGUUGGUACUAUCCCCCACCCCCUUAAAGGAAGCCCUUUGAUCCCCAAGUCUCUCCAGAAAGAGGAUAGUUACACGGAGGUUGCACUUGUCUUUGUUAAUGUCCUUCAGGGAUUUGAAACCUUUGUACAUAGAACUAGAGAUUUUGCAACUCAAAUAAGCAACUGUGGCUGAAGUUUCAACAAGCAAGCAUCAUUCCAAAUAAAAGCUCCACACACACCCACAGGGGCUGGUUUUGGCACUUCCUCUGCCAUAAUGGAAGUGGUGGGGGGGGAUUGGCUGCUCCAGCUUCAACCUGGAGGAUGAGUGAGACUGAACUCUGCCACCCGGUGGCUGAUUAGGAGUACUGCACCGCCGCAUCCAGCUGCUGCUCAGUGCCAACUCCCCACCUGUUCCACCGUCUCUUUAUUUAAUCUGGAGUUCUGUCACACACGUCCCAAACCCUCACAACUAGUCCAGUUGCCUAUUUUCGCAAUAAACUAAAAGAAAAAAAAGAUGUGUAUAAGUAAAUGGUGAGAUAUUUUUUAAAAACUAUUUAUUUCAUGAAAACUAUAGGAAAAGAAAAAAGUAAACAACUUCUCAUUAGUUAUUGUGACUGUGACAGAAAAUAGUCUUAUACUGAGGUGAUUGUGUUUGUCAAUUAGAGAUGUUUUUAUUUGUUUUGUCAAUACUAUUAUAAUUAUUCUUAAUAUUAUUCAAAGGUUUUGAAUUAUUAUUUGAAACACAGUUGUCACCUCUCCCCUCCCUCCUUACUUGAACAGUGCUGCUCUGUUUGGGCUGCUGAUGGCGACAAAAAAAAAGAAAACAAAAAAAUACUGUUUUGCAAUAAAAGGGUAAGUGAUGAGCUUGUUUUUCUUUUUUCUUUUUUGCACCAAAACUUCUUGAUCUCACACGUUCAGCCAUGCUGACUGUUCUUCCUAAUGACAAAAUUGAGUUUUGUCUGUUUUAUUUUUUUUUCUUUUCAUUGACAGAUUUAAUAAAACUGUAGAUUAAUGGA